CGCGGAUGAACUCGCGCGGAUCUGGCGCCCUCACCGUCAGGCGCUCAGCUGAGGAAACUCGCUAGUAAUGUUCUCAAAAUACCUCCAACGCUUCAUCAUAACUAGUCCUUUAUUAGCUCUAGGCAUCGUUCAGCGGAUAGUUAAGAGUCUAGACUAGUUACCGAGAGCAGAGCUGAGUCUUCAGUGAAUUCUCGCGGGUUUAAUCGCGCUGCGCACUCUCAAGGCCGGAGACAUCUCUCUCAGGUCUCCAGCAUUGUCUCCAAAAACAAGAUUCCCGUUCCAGAAGCUCGGCCUCUCCGAGAGGCUCGGCCUGCACAGAUGAGUGCGCAUCUGUGGCUCCUGAUCGUCUGCUGAUGACGUGCUGCGAGACCAUGACCCUGCGGAGCGUCACGCGUGAUCUCCUGCGCCGCCAGAUCCAGGAGAACCGCACUCUGGACUUCCAGAGACACCAUCAUGUGACCGACCCGUUUAUAAAGCGUCUGGGGCUGGAGGCGGAGCUACAGGGUCACUCUGGCUGUGUGAACUGUCUGGAGUGGAAUGAGAGAGGAGAUCUCCUGGCCUCGGGUUCGGAUGACCAGCACGCCAUCAUCUGGGAUCCGUUCCGGCACUCCAAGCUCAUCACGAUGCACACGGGACACACGGCCAACAUCUUCUCCGUGAAGUUCCUGCCUCACUCCGAGGACCGGAUCUUAAUCACAGGAGCCGCCGACACUAAGGUGCACGUGCACGACCUGACGGCGAAGGAGACCACUCACAUGUUCUCAGACCACACCAACCGCGUCAAGCGCAUCGUAGCGGCGCCCAUGUGGCCCAACACCUUCUGGAGCGCCGCGGAGGACGGGAUCAUUCGGCAGUAUGAUCUGAGAGAGAGCAGUAAGCGCUCCGAGGUGUUAAUCGAUCUGACGGAGUACUGUGGGCAGCUCGUGGAAGCCAAAUGUCUGGCCAUUAACCCUCGAGACAACAACUACCUGGCUGUGGGAGCCAACGGACCCUUCGUCCGGCUCUACGACAUCAGAAUGAUCCACAAUCACAGGAAGUCUUUGGCUCAGAGCGCCUCAGCCGGUGUUCACACGUUUGGUGACAUACAGAAGUCAAUACCAGACGGCGCGGGACAGUACUACGUGGCAGGUCACUUACCUGUGAAGCUUCCUGAUUAUAACAACAGAUUACGAGUUCUGGUGGCCACCUACGUCACAUUCAGUCCUGACGGCACCGAGCUGCUGGUGAACAUGGGAGGAGAGCAGGUGUAUUUAUUUGACCUGACGUUCAAACAGAGACCGUACACCUUUCUGCUGCCCAAGAAAUGCCACACAUCAUCAGCAGAGGUGCAGAACGGGAAGACGACCAACGGUGUGUCCAAUGGGAUUCAUCUUCCUGCCAGCCGCCUCAAACUGGCUAAAGUCUCCAGUGAUCUUCCUCCUCAUCUGGAGCGGAUCAAGCUGCAGGCUAACGAAGCGUUCGCGCGCCAGCAGUGGACUCGAGCCAUCCAGCUCUACAGUCUGGGCAUCCAUGAAGCCGGACACAACGCCAUGCUGUACGGAAACCGCGCCGCCGCGUACAUGAAGAGGAAGUGGGACGGAGAUCACUACGACGCGCUGCGUGACUGUCUGAAGGCCUUGUCUCUGAACCCGGCUCAUCUGAAGGCACACUUCCGGUUAGCACGCUGCCUGUUCGAGCUCAAGUACAUCGCCGAGGCUCUGGAGUGUCUGGAUGACUUCAGGAGCAAGUUUCCGGAGCAGGCGCACAGCAGCGCAUGUGACGCGCUCGACAGAGACAUCAAGGCGGCCCUCUUCUCAAAAACAGACUCCUCUGACGACAAGAAGGGGAACAGCUCCGUCCGCUUCCAUAACUUCAGCCGGAAGGAGUCCAUCCCAGAGGAUGAGAUUGUGCUGAGAGAGCGCAGCUUCGACUACAAGCAUCGCUACUGCGGACACUGCAACACCACCACGGAUAUUAAAGAAGCCAACUUCUUCGGGAGUAAAGGCCAGUACAUCGUGAGCGGUUCAGACGACGGCUCGUUCUUCAUCUGGGAGAAAGAGACCACCAACCUGGUGCGGAUCUUACAGGGGGACGAGUCUAUAGUGAACUGUCUUCAGCCGCACCCCAGCUUCUGCUUCCUGGCCACCAGCGGCAUCGACCCCGUGGUGCGGCUCUGGAGCCCCAGACCCGAGUCGGAGGAGAAGGAGAACGGUCGGGUGGUGGAGGACAUGGAGGGCGCAGCUCAAGCCAACCAGAGGCGCAUGAACGCAGAUCCGCUGGAGGUGAUGCUGCUGAACAUGGGCUACCGCAUCACGGGUCUGAGCAGCCGAGGCACGGAGGGCUCCGAUGAGGACGAGAGCUCGGAGAGCCAGGUUCAGUGCCGCUCCAGCUAGAGCCGUCUCCAUGAGAGAGAAACCAGCUUCUCCAAGUCAAGUCCAAGCACUUCUCCAUCAAUAUCUGCUACGCAUGUGGGCACUGUCAGGUUAAAACUGGUUCUCAAAGUCUUUCUAAUGCAAGGCUUGCUUUUAGACGCGAUUUCGUCUUGUUUUGUUUCUUCUCCGAAUGAACUUGAGCACCAGAGGACAUUAAAAGAGUCACGAAAGUAUGUUUAUAGGUGUGCAGCGCUUUCUUUUUGUAACACAUUCUGGAAAAAUAAACCGUUUAUGUUCGACCCAGA